AGUAGCUGUCAUGAAAAAAACACAAAGAAGGAAAUCAUGAUUUUUUGGCACAAUAAUUGCUUUUUUGGCCUGGAUAAGAGAUUUUCCCAAAGAUGCUGAAACUGAAAUAAAUCAAAAUCAUCGGGCCAAAAUGGAUGAAACAGAAAUGUUGCAUAUGGUCUGUGAGUCGGAAGAUGGACCGUAUGUCAAAGAAGAAGAAGAUGAAGAAGAUAUAGAGUAUUUCAAAGAAGAACCGGUUGAAGAAGAAGAAGAUUAUUUUGAGACAGGCUUUUUAGUCAAACAGGAGGUCCUGAGUGAAGACGAGGGAGUGAAUGAGGAGGAUACCAUGUUUGCUGCUGAUGUGAACAGGGUCAAGCCAGAGUACGAGGAAAGUCUUUUCAUCAAGAUCGAACCAAAACCAGAAUCAGAACAGAAGUCGGUCAAUGCUCAGAUUCUUCAAAUGUUGAAGAGGAAACAAGAAACAGACAAAGCUCUGAGAUCAGCACAACGGCACGCACCUCCAAGACCAAUCCAGCCAAAGCCGAUACAACCGAAACCAACAACAUCAACUCCUCCUCCGACGCCAAAUACACCUUCUUCCAGUCCAUACCAAGCUCACACCAUAUGUUACAGAGACUCUCAAACACCUCCUGUUUUGUCUAAUCCAUCUGCUCCCGUGACAAAUCCAGCUGGGUGUCUGGUUUUCGAAGGUCCGAAACCAACCGUACGUUGCCGUAGUCAGAAUACUGCUCUUCGUCAACGUGGCCGUCAAAGAAAAAUACAUAAAGAGGCGGAAGUUGAUGCAACGCCUCCCCCUCUGACAGUGAAACCAGACCGUUGUAAACGUCAACGGAAAAAAAAAGAUCUAGAUGAUGUAUCAUAUGUCCAAACACCACCUCUGACCGUGACACAAAUUCCUGGUAAUAUGUCGGCAAUAACGUCGCAAGGUGUGUUGCAAAACAGUAGUUCGAUGACCCAAAGUGGUCCUGGAACAAUCCCUGCCGGUGCUUUACUUCAAGUCCCUGGGCUGCCCAAGGAAAUGAUGUUGGUGCCUGUUCUCCAGGGGAACCAAUUGAUGUUUAUGCCACAGGCUGUCCCUGGGGCCAUGGCAACUAAUCAGAUAGCUACAGGGAAUGCUGCCAUGGCAACUGGUCAGAUAGCUACCGGGAAUGAUACAAUGGCAACUGGUCAGAUAGCUACAGGGAAUACUGCCAAGGCAACUGGUCAGGUUGCUGCAGGAAAUGGUACCAUGGCAACUGGCCAGAUGACUUUAGGGAAGUCAGUCCAAGGAAAUCAAGUGGUGUUUAUGUCGCAAGCUGCUCCUGUACCUAUGGCAACUGGCCAGAUUUUGAGCCAAACUGGGAUAAGAGCAACUGGUCAGCUUCUGAGCCCAACUGGGACCAUGGCAACUGGCCAAUUUCUGAGUCAAACUGGGACUAUGGCCAUGGGUCCGAUUUUGAGCCCAACUGGAAAUAUGACAACUGGCCAAAUUGUGAGCCAAACUGAGACAAUGGCAACUGGCCAAUUUCUGAGUCAAACUGGGACUAUGGCCAUGGGUCCGAUUUUGAGCCCAACUGGAAAUAUGACAACUGGCCAAAUUGUGAGCCAAACUGGGACAAUGGCAACUGGCCAGAUUGUGAGCGGAACUGGAAUGGUUGCAACAGGUCCAAUUAUGAGCCAACCUCGAACUAUGACAACUGGCCGGAUUGUUAGCCAAACUGGGACAAUGGCAACUGCCCAGAUUGUGCGCCAAACUGGGAUAAUGUCAGUAGGCCAGGUUUCUGUUGGGAAUAAUCUUCAAGGAAACAAAGUAAUGCUCCUGCCCAAGUCCAUUGUUGGGCCUGGCCAGUUGGUGAGCCAAGCUGGUGGAAAUCAGGUGAUGCUCUUGCCUCCAGGCCAGACAACAAACCAGAGUGCAGCUAAUCCGUUUGUAAUCAUACCUAAUAAUCCUCAUGUAGCUAUGGCAACUAACAAACCCCAGGUUGGUCCGAAUCAUGUUUUGAUGUUGCCGGGGACAACUGUUUCUAAGUCAACUUUCCAGACUGCCACUACCUCAAGUGGCAUUGCAAUGACUCCAACAAGUCAACCUCGGUCCAGGAUAAACUCUGUUGUGUUGCCUGGGGUGACUGAUGCUUCUGUCACGACCUCACAGACCGUCACGUCAAGUGCAACCAUGGCAACCAAACAACACCAAGUUGGAACAAACCCUGUUGUGCCAGCGACUACUGCUGUUCAGACAUCAACUGCACAAAGUCUUACUCGAAUGACUACUCGGGCUACGACUUGUACAGCAAUGAAGUCAUUGUUGACAAAGGAGACAAUUACAGAAGCUUGUAAACGCCGUCGAAGGAGCAAACUCGUACCAAUGGAGGAUAGCUCGGGGAAGAAUUCACCGCAACCAGUUUCGUCGUCGAAGACGAUUCAAACGAUGUUCCAAGAAGACCGUAAACGACGGAGAAAGAGCGAGUUGGUCCCGAAGGAAGAUUUUUCAUCUGACGAAACCCUGAGAUGUCCUCAAAAGAAACUACUAAAAUUGCCACGGCAAAUUCUUCCGAAACCAGUUGUAGUAAGCCAGACGGUUGAAGAACCGGUUCUGAAUAAGAUCAUGAAUUGGCCGUCAAUGUUUCCAGAAACCAGUGUUGUUGAAGAAUCUGAUCAUAAUCUGGUGCUGCCACCUGUCAUGAUAAGGACUUUUACUGUGCCGACUGCAGUUACGAACAGUUCCUCCUCAAAUCCGCUGGAUUCCAGUGUGCAAACAGCCUUGCCGAUUAAGACCUCAUUGGUCAGGUUGAACCCCAAACCAGCUACAACUGUUGACCCCUUGUCUUCUGAAACGUCCAACACUGCGCCUAGAAAACACCAGCAUAUUUUAUCAAAAGAUGAGAUAUUGCCAACAGAUGACUUUACCAGGCGCGCCAGGAAAUUUUGUGAGCAAUAUGUGAAACUUAUCAUGUACUUUGACAGUGAUUAUGAAUGUGAUCUUUGCUCACAGCUCUUUGAGACCAAGCACCACUUAGCAUUGCAUGUUUAUGAACACACCGAUGACGACAUAAAUACGUUUCUAAACGCCGCAUUCUCGGCCAGCAGGGAUUCGAAUAACGGGCAGACGGAGCGUCUUGUUUGCGAUCAAUGUAGCCAGGAGUUUGAAUGUGAAACAAAUCUCCGAAAUCACCAGAAGGUCCACACAUGUGACCCAGUAGUGAUCCAACGCAAGACUUGUAAGAAGGGGAUAAUUGAUGAGGCAAAGAUCAGUAAAAUGGUAGCGAAGAUCGAAAUUGAUCCCGAAUUCUGCAUGGGUGUCGAUGUUGCAAGAAAUGAUAAGAAAAGGAAAGGCUUGAAUUUGCGUGAUCUUGCCAAUGCGAUUUUGAAGCCCUUGCGUCCGCCAGAAGCUGAUAACCUUGACCCUCCAAAGGUCAUGGUUGUUGACAAUCCUGGAAAUCAGUAUCCGGAUCCAGCCGCAUAUUGUUGUCGCCAAUGUUUAAUAGUUUUUGAGAAUUUUGACGAUCUCGUUGAGCAUAUGAGUUUGCAUGAUGAAGAGGGUGUUGCCAUAGCAACCACGUACGAAAAAGUUGGUGUAAAAUCGGAGCAGAGAUCAUACGAUAAUGUCGACCCUUCGAAGAAUAAACUACUGAAAAAAAUCAAAACAGAAGCCGGUGAAUCUGUACCAGUUACUUCUGAAGACAUGCUCCAGUGGAGGAAAGUGCUAUUCAAUAACAUAGCGACUGAUACGGAACAAAAAUAUGACUGCAUAAGUUGUUCUGAAACUAUAUAUGGGCGCACAUCGUUCCUUAUUCAUUUAGUGUGCCACGGCAUCUUUGAUAGAGGGAGCUACUACUGCAACGAAUGCUGGAAGGCAGUUUUCGUUGACUACAACGACUUGGUCUGCCAUCGACGUUCGUGUCCGUCAAAUAGCAAUUCAGAUCCGAAUCUGAAAUGUAAAAUAUGCGAUGCAAAGAAGUUUGAGAUUCCGUGUGAACUGGAUCAACAUUACAGAGACACUCACAAGGUGGAUUUCCCUUACGUAUGUACGCGCUGCCCCUUUGUUUCGUCAGUCUACUUGGACUUUGCUAGUCAUGAAGAAUUUCAUGCAGAUUUGACCCAAUCGACUAUGUUCACAUGCCUUGAGUGUGGUGAGAAGUUUGAAGCCCGGGAGGAGUAUGAGGAGCAUGAGAGGAGUGAACAUGGUUUGAGAAAUACCGGCGCUGUGGAGUUUCAGUUCAAAUGCGAGUUUUGUGAUAGUGGGUUUACCGUGAAGGAACAACUUGAGUACCACAUCGAUUUGAGACAUAUUAAGGGGAGGACAUCAGAGACAGAGAAUGCUAUAGCUGAUCCUGGGAGUUGUGCAGGAGAGAAGCCACCUGAUGGUCAUACCUUCCGAUGCAAGGGAUGCCCAAAAACGUAUAAGAAUCAAACGUCAUAUGAGUCGCAUGUUAAAGCCUAUCCCCUUGGUCAGUUCAGAUGCAGUCAGUGCACGGAGGUGUUUGAGAUGUUCUGUGGGUUAUUGUCGCACAGACGUUCUCAUGAAAAGAGACGAAAAAAUGCCUCCUUGUUGAUGAACUUAUUUUGUAAGAAAUGUGGGAAGUUAUUCAGAUCCUCUUGGCCUUCAAGAUUGAAAUGGCAUGAAAAAACCUGCAGCGGUCACAAGUCUGAAGACCAAUGCAAAAAGGUGUCUACUCAUCUGAAGCCGAAUGCGGUGGGUUUUAAAGCAGACACCCCACUUAAUUUCAUUCAAGUUUGUAAUUCUGUCGAAAACUCACAAAUAUUGGGGACGAAACCUGGUUUGAAAACAGGUGAUGAGUCGUCGACAAAUCAUAACUGUCACCCUGCAGUGAUAUUGACCAAGCAAAGUGAGCAGUUCACAUGCCUAGUGUGUGGUGAGAAAUUUGAAUCUGAGGGCGAUAUUGAGUUGCAUGAUCGGACCAAACAUGGUGGUGGAAAUACGUCGGCGGAAAAGUCUGUAGUUGACCAGUUCAGAUGUGGCCACUUUGAAAAAGGAUUCAAUUUUGCGUUGGACAAAAACCAGCACAUAGGGUUAGUACAUUCUCAGGAGACUGUGACAAACGAGUGUGUGCAGCACACCGGGAAUCAUGCAGAGGCACCGCCAGACAGUCUCAUUUAUCACUGCGCGGAGUGUCGAAAAACAUUUAAGAGUCGUGCAUUUUACGAGGCGCAUAUGCAAGCGAAUCCGAUUGGUCAAUACAAAUGCAGUGACUGCACACACCUGCCCAUAUUUGAAAGAAUAUGCGGACUAACGUCACAUACACGUACCAUGCAUAGAAAUAAAAUCUCACGGAUUUCGUUUAAGAAGACGACUCAUAAUCGUAAAGAGGCUGAAGGGAAUUUUAGCUGCUCCGAGUGUCUGUUAACAUUUCAGAAGCGAGUGUAUUAUGACGCUCACAUUCUGGCCCACCCGGUUGGUAGGUUCCCAUGCCUCGAGUGCCCGGGCCUACAGGUAUUUGAGAGGAUGUGUGGAUUGAAGUGGCAUAAACGUUCUCACCCGCAACGAAGGGGAAUAAGGCCAAAAAUUUCAGGUGAAAAGGUGUCCAGUUUUAGCAAAGACGCUGUGGAGAAUAUCAGCAGUGUUACUACUGUAGAAAGCAAGCAAGUUUCUGGGAAAAAUUUGAAUAGUAUUGUACCAGCUGCUGAUAGUGCUCUUUCAGGGCCGAUCUCUGCUUCAUAUACAAAACUUGGUGAGGUGCAGGGGGCGUUACCUCGGACGAUAAAAUUCCACUUCGUUCUCACACCUCCAGUGCGACUGCCCCCUAGAGUCAGUGUGCCUAGCUCUAGUAACAUUGAUACCCAGGCAGGUAACGAUGAUGGUAAGAUCUCAGGCGCUACGGUGGCAAAAGAAAAAAGGCUGAGUUCUUGGAAAAAUUCCAGGAAGGCGCGAAAAGUUGCAAAAAAAGUGCAAAUGAUUUUUGAAUGUGAUCAGUGUGGUAAAAGAUUUGCACGUCAUUCGACAUUAGUCUCGCACAAGGCGACGCGUCAUGAUGAUUAUACUGAUGAUGAGACUGAUGUGGAGUCUGGAGCGUGGUCAGUGGAUAGUUGCCAUGGUGAUGGUGGAUCUGUUCAUGAUAAAGUGGACGCCUUGUCGCAACGUCAGGUGGGAGAAGCACAACCGAAUUUGAAAAAAAACUAUAUCUAUAAAUGUGACCAGUGUAGCAAAAGUUUUGCGCGUAGGUCGGCGCUCGUCUCGCACAAAGCGACACAUCAUGAUGAUAGUACUGAUGACGAUGGGACUGAUGUGGUGGAAUGUGGGGGUGGUGAUUCUGACAAUGAUGUGAUGGACCCAUUAUUGCAUCAUGGUGGUCCUUCUUCAACUUCAGGAAACGAGGCGCAUUGAAUCGAAACUAACUAGUCUAUCAAAUGAUUUGAGGAAUUGAUACCAAAUAGGAGUGAUGGUUGUCUCGUCAAACACUCUACGCGUGGGCUAUAAUGGAGGCCAAACCAGAGACCAUCUGCCUGCAGGUGAGGGGAAGGGAGGGGAAGAGGGCAGCAUGUUUUCCAAGUUUUAAAUUGUUGAGAAGAGGGUUAUUUGCUCUUGACAUAGUUUCAAAGUAUCUAACCAAAAUAAAUAGAGUUUUAGGAAUGUUUUGGGCGGGGCCGGAGGCCUGCAGAAAAGGGUGUGUUGAUGUGAGGGCAGAUGAUUGCAAGAUAAUGCAGGGUUGGUGCUAAUGUAGAUGUAUACAAAAAAUGUCGUUCAGUGUCCCUGUGUACGUGUGAGUGCGUGUCGGGGGGGGGGGGGGCAGGUUUUAGAUAAUUCAUCCCAAAAUGUCCUGAUCGUCUUGGUGGCAUGGUGCAUGUUUUGGAUGGGUCCAUUAUUCGAAAAUCUACCCUCACUUCUCACACACCUCAACUCUAACUCUGUAACUCUUUUAUGCAAAUUCUGGAAUGUUCAUCCAGUUUGCAUGGCAUAUUCUUGGAGAUAUCAACGGUCAAGGUGAUUCUCUAUUGGUGAAGGACUUUAUGAUUCGAAGUACUAUCUUUCCCUUUACAUCACCACCAUUGCACUAUGUACACAACUAAUGUACGCCGAGGUCAGGUGGCAGAGACGUGUAAAUGGCAAAAUAGUCCCUCAAAUCAUAGAGUCCUUCACAAAUGCCAGCGUCUGUUGUGUAAAAAAUUAGGUCUCUGGAUCUUUUAAUGCGGACAAAGAUUAUCUCGCGACAAUGUUUAUGAAUGUCAAUUGCAUGAGAUUACGAUACCAAGU